ACUAAAUAAAACAUUCGAGCUGAUUAAUUAGGAGAUGGGAAGAUCAAUGAAGGUCGAGAUUGAAGUGAUCUCCAAUAAGAUAAUCAAACCAUCUUCUCCAACUCCUGGCCACCUUCGUCAUUACCAAUUCUCCUUUCUUGAUCAAAUAGCUCCCCAAGUCUACAACCCUUUACUCCUCUUCUAUGAAUACAAUGCCAAGACACAUCCCAAUAUCACUGAAAUAUCCAACCACCUUAAGAACUCGUUAUCCAAGGUCCUAUCCCUAUUCUACCCGCUAGCGGGAAUCAAACACAACCACUUCAUACAUUGCAAUGACGAGGGCAUCCCCUACGUCAAGGCUCAAGUGCUGAAUUGCACUCUCUCUGAUGUUCUCAGCAACCCCAACCCUGGUGAACUUAACAAGUUCAUGCCAUUUGAACUUGAUGAUAUUACCAAUCCAUUACCCUUAGGGGUCCAGCUCAACAUAUUUCAGUGUGGAGGAUUUGCUAUUGGCCAAUGCAUUUCUCACAAGAUUGCUGAUGGGUUGUCCUAUUUCAUGUUCAGCAAAAUUUGGGCAGCCAUUGCCCGUGGGAACCAAGCCAACAUAGACCCUCCACCAUUUGUGUCAGCCACUCUUCCCACCAAAGGAGUUCAAUACUGGAUUCGAUGGAGGCGUUGGAAUCACAAAGGAUAGAGUGACAAAGAGGUUCGUGUUCAGUGCCUCUAAAUAGAAACCCUCCAAGCAAAAUAUGAAGAAGAUAUGAAAAGCCUCCAACUAAAAUGCCCCUCGCGUGUCGAGAGACCUUAUCCGCUUUCAUAUGGAGUCGAUUUGUGGUGGCUACAAAGGAUUGUACCGUGAAUAAAUUGUACAGGGUGGUCCAUGCAGUGAACCUACGUCCACG